AAUGUUACAGCAAUCUAAGGGGCUGAGAGAUUUACUGGUAUGAAGGAAUGUUUUAAACUUUUUAAAGGUACAUGGCUAGAACAUAGGGUAUAGUUAAUAUUAAGAAUGUGAUAUGCUUUUGUCCAUGGAGGUUGCGGGACGCGUGAAACUGUCUGGGGGAGCUGAACACAGCGCCAGAUGAAGCCUGGGCUAGGAUCUAAUUGGGUGGAUGAAGUAUUACAGAAAAGGGAGACGCAGCAAAACAGAUGCAUUACCCAUGGAGAUAUACAGUAGGUGGCGGUAAUACUCCAAACACGUAAGCAACCGUUAAAAGGAUGAAGAACGAGAAGAAGUACGUAGAAGAGACUUCCGCCAACGGAAAUGUUUUGGCUUUUGAAUGAAAGAUCCGCGUGAAGAGAGCACGUCCUGAUAUUCAAUAGUUGUAUUUAUUUCUGCGGUUCUAAGUCUUUAUUCGUCAAAAAGAUGUCUUGCAGAAGAGGAGCACUGAUUGUGUUAGAAGGCGUAGACAGAGCCGGGAAAACCACACAGUGUCACAAACUCGUCCAGGAGUUACAGCAAAGUGGGCGAGCGGCUGAAAUGAUGCGUUUUCCUGACAGAACCACGGUGAUUGGUCAACUCAUCAGUUCAUAUUUGGAGAAGAAGAGUAAUCUGGAGGAUCACACUGUACAUCUGCUUUUUUCAGCAAACCGCUGGGAAAUGGUACCUCUGAUGAAACAGAAGUUGGAACAAGGAAUUAAUCUAGUGGUGGACCGUUAUGCAUUUUCAGGAGUGGCUUUCACUAGUGCCAAGCCUGGCUUUUCUAUAGAUUGGUGCAAGAAUCCAGAUGUGGGAUUGCCAAAGCCAGACCUGGUGAUGUUUCUGCAGCUUAAUCCUAGUGUGGCAGAAAACCGUGGGGAGUUUGGAUCUGAACGGUACGAAACAAGCCAUUUCCAAAACACAGUUCAUCAAAGGUUUAAAGAGCUAAUGGAAGAUACCUCUGUAAACUGGAAGGUAAUUGAUGCAGCAAGAACCAUUGAAGAAGUGCACAAAGAUAUUAAGCUUUUAAGUGAGAAUAUUAUCAGUUUAUCAGAGAAUGUGCCAAUUGGAACACUGUGGAGGUGAACUGCUCCUCCAAAUCAGCUAGCUCAAAUGAGAAUUUUUUUUAUAUUUGACUGUGCUGCAUUAUUAACAAACUUAAAACUAAUUGUUUGUUUAUUAUUUUUAAUGAAUCCAAAUUAAAUAUUCAUAAAAUAAACUUGUGAAAAGAGAU